GAAAAGAAAAAACAAAUAGUGUGAUUUGACACGUGUAUGUGAUCCUCUCAUAGAGAUGUGUGUAUGUAUGCCAUGCUCAUCGGGACACUUCCCUUGCACAUAAAGAAGCUAGCUCAUUGCACAGAGAGAAGAAACCCAGAGAGGGAGAAGAGAGGAAUGGCGAAAUCACCAGAAGAAGAGCAUCCACAAAAGGCUUUUGGCUGGGCUGCUAGAGAUGCCUCUGGAGUCCUCUCACCCUUCCAUUUCUCUCGAAGGGAAAAUGGUGAUGAGGAUGUCACUGUCAAAAUCCUGUACUGUGGAAUUUGCCACUCAGAUUUGCAUGCUUCAAGGAAUGAAUGGGGAAGCGCCAGUUAUCCUAUGGUUCCUGGGCAUGAAAUUAUUGGAGUUGUGACCAGAAUAGGGAAAGGUGUGAAGAAAUUCAAAGUGGGAGAGAGGGUUGGGGUUGGGGUUAUGGUGGGCUCAUGUAAGACUUGCGAGCUCUGCCACGAACACUCAGAGAACUACUGUCCUAAGAUAGUAUUUACAUAUAACUCUAUCCACUUUGAUGGGACAAAAACUUACGGUGGUUAUUCUGAUAUCAUUGUUGUGGACGAACACUUUGUGAUUCGUGUCCCUGAGAGCCUGCCAUCUGAUGCUGCCGCACCACUGUUGUGCGCGGGGGUCACAAUAUUUAGCCCAAUGAAAUAUUAUGGAAUGACUGUGCCUGGGAAGCAUUUGGGGGUUUCAGGACUUGGUGGACUUGGUCAUGUUGCUGUGAAACUUGGUAAGGCCUUUGGGUUGAAAGUCACUGUUAUUAGCUCCUCCCCUGCUAAGAAGAGUGAAGCAAUUGAUCGUCUUGGUGCUGAUUCCUUCAUCGUUAGCAAAGACCCUGCGCAAUUGAAGGAAGCCGUGGGUACGAUGGAUUACAUUAUUGACACCGUGUCUGCAGUUCAUGCCUUGUCUCCACUGCUUGAUAUGCUGAAGGUUAAUGGAAAGCUAGUCACUUUGGGCUUGCCUGAGAAGCCCCUGGAUCUGUCCAUCUUUCCCUUAGUUUUGGGGCGAAAGCUUGUGGGAGGAAGUGACAUAGGAGGGGUCAAGGAGACUGAGGAGAUGCUGGAGUUCUGCGCAAAGCAUAAUAUCACUGCAGAUAUUGAACUAAUCCGGAUUCAAGACUUGAACACAGCCAUGGAUAGGCUUGCCAAAUCUGAUGUCAAGUACCGGUUUGUGAUCGAUGUGGGCAACUCCUUGACACAGUAGAUCUGCUUUUGAAGGCUUGAUGGGAUUUGCUUUUGACGCUUGAGAUUUGGAGAUUAGAAUAAGAUUGGCAGUUAUUUGGACCGUAUGGUCAACUGAUCAUGAACCAACUAUUGCUGUCAUGGACUUGUAUUGUUGUUAUUUCUGUUUGUUUUGUUAAUCCGAGACUGUUAUUUAAUUUUUGUUCUCUA